GUGAAAUGUAUCCACCAAUGCAAGUCGACGACUCCGACCUGCCGCCGCCACCGCCGUUGGCAACGCAUAUCAACCUCAUCCAGGCACCAACAACAUGCCACGCGGCAUUCGUCUUGGCGCAUUCGCCGCGUACGUCCACACAGAGGUUUACCCCAACCACAUAUCAACGCGCGUCGUCGCUGCAAACGGACGACGAUGUGCGCUUCGAUCGGUACAUCGAUGGCGCAAAGAAUCCAGACGAGGCGUCUCCGCUGGACCUGGCGGUAAAAUGGAGCGUGCGGACGAUGCGACAGGUGUCGCUCUUCUCGUACUACGGCAAUACGUUCGUGAGUGCUCGCAUGAUCUCAUGGACAGUUCAAAUCACCCUCAUUCACGCGGCGUUGUUGGCGAGUCUGUUCGCGUUCACCCCAGAGUUGUUCGCGUUUUCAUACAGAGAUCCUUCUGGCACUGGCACAGGUCGCUGCGACGACAUCGUCGACGGCAUCGAGACCACCGUGUACGCCGCCGUCGCGAACGUCAUCGUGUGUCUGCCGACGUCCCAUGCCGCCAUGUUUCAAUUGUACACGACCCAGCGGAAAAAGUCGUACUUCCACACGAUCUGCGAGCUCCUCGUGAUGAUGGAAAUCGUGUUUCUCGGGUGUAAACUCGUCUUGGACGUGUACCUGCUGAUCGUCCGCCACUUCUACCGCGACUGCCUGAACCAGCUGCCCACGUCUUUGAAAGCCAAGGUAUUUGUGCUGCUUGCGCUCGACGUGUACGUGUACGUGGCGUGCUGGUACCAGAUCACCCUCUUCAACCGCAUGCGUGACGUGGCACUGGGCCAGCGCAACAUGCUGCCAACCAACCACUUGUUUGAGUUCUCGGAUCCGGACUGGUGGAAGCUGUGGCAGAUCAGCCCGUCCAGACGGCGAAGUUUGCGAGAGAUCAAGCGAGGACUGUACGAGUCGGCAGCCACGGGCGACGAAGCCGCGCUGGACCAAUUCCUACACCAAGCCAUCUCGCUCGACGGCGCUGACUUUCACCGGUCGUGGUACUCGCAAAACCGCCUAUUUGGCCGACACGUGGCCACAAGUGUGCGGAAUCCACUGCAUGUAGCAGUGAUCAAGGGCCGCACAAACGUAGUCGAGAAGCUGCUCGCCGCCGGGUUUGACGCGAACGCCCUCGACAAGAUCCAAACGCCGAGCUUGAUGGACCUGAGUCAGUGGUACCAGACUAUCUUCAACGUGCUCGUGUUCCUCCGCAGCACCAACUUCUCCGAGGCGUCCGGGGCGUCGGCGCAUCGGUACGGCCCGUCGGCGUUCUGGUGCCAGACGCUGCUCACACCGCUGCACGUUGCCAUGAUGCACAACGAAAGCGCGAUCGUGGGGCUGCUCUUGGCCGCCCACGCUGACCCGAAUCAAGUCGCGGCAUCCAACCAGCGCAAGUGUCUGGUCCCGCCGCUCUUCCAUGCCGACUGCGCCGUCUGCCUCCGCCUUCUCAUGGACGCCGGGGCCAAUCUCCUGCACAUUCCUGGCAACGGGUUUUUCAUGACGGCGUACGAAGUCGUGGUGCGCAGUGGCAACUUCAACUUGGCGGACGCGAUGGUUGAGUGGGGCGCCGACAUUGCGCUCACCCCCAUGCACGCGGCCGCCGCGGACGGCGACUGGAAGACCGUCGCCACCUUCCUAGAGGCCGGCAUCGACCCCAACAUCCUCGGGGAAAACUCCACCGGCCGCUUCCACCGCACGCCCCUGCACUGGGCCGCGAUGCGAGGCCAGGCGAGGGUGGUGGAGGUGCUCGUGACGGCCCCAGAGUGCAAUGUGAACGCCGUCGACUUGCUCGGGAUGACGCCCCUGUCGUGGGCUUGUGUGUUCAACCACGACGUCGUGGUCGAGCUGCUCUUGCGCGCCAAUGCCGAUGUGACUGUGGUGGACACGAGGGGACGUGGCGUGGUGCUACUGGUCGCCGGCUUUGAGUCGCAUGCGCAGCGUCCGCGGGAGGCUGUGUUGCGCCUGUUGCGAGCGUAUGGCGGCAACAUCCAUGCCCGCCACGACAUUACGGGUGAAAGCGCGCUACACGUGGCACUAAAGCGAGGGCAUGUGGAGAUGGCCAAGCUGUUGGUGCAAAUGGGGUUAGACGUCACGGCCGUGGACGCCAAGGGUGUGCGGGCCAUCGACUGCGCCACGUCAUCCGAGAUGCAAUACGCCGUCAAAAAAGCGGCGGGGCAACGGGAUGUGAUGAUCAGCUACUGCCACUCGCACCGGUCGUUUGCGCUCAAAGUGCGGCAGUCGCUGGAAGACCACCACAUCACGACGUGGAUCGACCAGCUCGACCCCACGGGCAUCGGUGGUGGCUCCGAGUGGCGUGAAGAGAUUGCGCGCGGCAUCCAGAGCGCGUCUGUGGUGCUCGCUGUGCUCAGCGAAGACUACCCCCAGUCCCAGUGGUGCAUGAAGGAGCUUGCAUUUGCCAAGUUGCACAACGUCCCAGUCGUGGGCAUCACGUGCGGCAAUGUCGUGGUGGGGGACGAGCUCGAAGUGUAUUUGUGGACUCGGCAAGCCGUGGACUUUCGACCGUCCAUCCUCUCCACGGCCAAAGCAGGCAACCACGUCACAUUCGAGUUUGACAACAACCAGUACCACGUGCACAUUCGCCAACUACUCGACGGCCUGCGCGACGAGAUUGAGGAGCGCCGGGUCGUUUCCGCCGCCCUCAAGCACCAGGCGCUCGAGCUGCAUGUGCAGCACUCCCACGACGGGUCUCGACGCAGCGGGUCGUCAUCCGUCGUGUCCGUCGCCGCCAGUGACGCUUAUGUGUUUUUGUGCCACGGAGACUGCCACGUGUCGUUCGCCAAGGCACUGCAGAACCAGCUCCAAGCGGUGGGCAUCCGAUGCAAACUGGACCAGCCCAAGCCCAACCGCCAGAUGCUGGCCAAAGAUCAUGUGCUGGAUCCCAACUGCAUUGCGGUGCUCCUGGUGCUAUCGGACGUGUCGACCAAGAGGUAAAAUGGAGGCGGAACAAACAUGGCAUGACUAAAGUGGGAGGCGUAGUGAAACGUUGCGAGAUCAGCUAGCGUUCGCCGAGAACCGAGCCAAGCCCAUCGUGCCGAUCUUGCUGUCGUCGCAAGUGCUGGACAUGGCGCUCCUGUAUUCGCUCUCUCGAAGCUCCGUCCACCACUUCAAUGCGUCCAUCGGCAUGCAGCAGAGUGUGGACAACCUCGUACCAGACCUUCGAGCGUUGCAACGGCGGGCGACGCAUGUUGUGUCACCCUCUGGCCCGUUUCAGCGGCAAACAAGUCAGGCCGAGUCGAUUCAACUCCACCCUCUUCGGGAGUCGCGGAUCAGUGGUAGAGCAGACGGCGGUGGCUUGCCGACGUACAUGUCUCCAGCGCAUCGGACUGUCUUACCGCAACCUGUUGGGGUUGACUGGGAUCUACACGUCGAGGACGCCCUUCACCAAGCGUCGCCUACGUCGGUCAACGCAUGAUGAUGAUGACGUACUGCACCUUUAACUUAUUUUCCCUUAGCAACGCAUGGAUUGAAUUAUAACCAAUCAAAUCCAGUACCAAGACAAAUGGAUAUCUUUGUAGCCAAUGAAAUUGUUCCA